GGGUACGCUGUUUCAGCUUGGUGUCACGUUAGAGUUUAUGUAUCCUGCUUACAUAGGAGAUUAGCUGCAUCCAGGACAGGCUGUACACAACCUUCUCUCUCGUGCUGAAAGACUAACUGUUGACAAAAUGCUGCUUUGGGGCGUGUGCGUUUUGCUGCUCCUUAAUGAGGAGUUUACACAAGGUGUUUGUAAGUGAAGUUUAUUCAUUUACAAAAACGACUGUCCAGAGUACAACUGCAAAUGAAACAAGCAGUCAAAGGUUGGCUUCCUUGGCUGAUGAAUUCCAAACAUGGCGGCUGAGUCAGCGGCCAAGAUCAGCGACAUCACGGAACGUCUACACCUUCAACGACCGCCUAAAGUCCUUCAACUACACCAGAUAUGAACAUUUUAAGGACUUUGUUGACGGGCUAUACGAGCGCCUGGUAAACAUCUCGGAGGUGGAGCUUCCCCGUCAGGAUAAAAUCAGCUUCAAAGUACUCCGCUACACACUAGAAGCCUUUCGAGACGGGUAUCAGUGGCGAUUUUACGUCAACUUGAACCCCGUAAACUUCCUUGAGGGAGUUCAGAAGGAUGUGACCCGGAUGACAAGCACCCCAAUGAACACAAGGGGAGAUGUGGAGAACUACCUUCACAGAUUGACCUUGCUGCCACAACAGAUAUCUGAGAUAAAAGAGAGUUUCCAGCAAGCCGUGCAAAAUGGAACAACAUACCACAAUGCAUCCAUGUUUCGGCUACCGGAGCAGUUUGACCAAGUUACCAAUAUCGCAGACGACAAGAUGUCACCAUUGUACAAACCCUUCAUCAAAAGCGUGGAAAACAACACGAUCGGCUUUAGUGAUACAGAGAGGCAAACAGUCAUCGACAGAGCAACAUCCGCCAUUGCAUCAGCUCUGGACAGCUUGAGGGAUCUGAAAUCGUAUCUGACGAAUGACUACACGACUCGUUCUGGUAUCGGCGUCAGUUCAUUACACAACGGCGGGGAGUACUACAAGGCGUGCAUGAAGGCGUACCUCUCACUGGACACCACCCCAGAUGACGUCCAUCAGACGGGGAAGAGGGAGGUUGCUAGAAUAGAACAACUCAUGAUGAAGAUAAUAACCAAACAGGGCUACAACCUCUCCAUCAGGGAAUACUUCACUGUCGUCAUGAAUCAGUCCCAAUAUUUCUACAACACAGGGGAAGAACUACUGGAGGCCUACAGGCAGAUCAUCAGAGAUGUCGAUCCUACCCUCACCAAACUUUUCAAAGACUUGCCAGGCCUUCCCAUUAUCGUGGUGGCUAGGCCGAAUGAUGGGCCACAAGGCUCGUAUUCUACGGGGACUGCGGACGGCCGUACACCAGGAACUUUUACGGCAAAUGUUCUGAGACCUGGAGAUAUACCAAAAUUCGGCUUGAUGGCACUAACAUUGCAUGAAGCAAGCCCCGGUCAUCAUUUACAGAUCAGCUAUUCUCUAACCUCGAACAUGCCAAGUUUCCGUCAGAACAUCGUAUACGACAUGUACUUGGACAAUCCAGUUGGAUUUCCUUCCCACGCAUCCUUCAGUGAGGGAUGGGCGUUGUAUGCUGAAGGCCUCGGGGAAAAAGUGGGGCUCUACAAAGACGACAUGGAACUAAUGGGUCGAUACAGCUCGGAGAUAUUCCGCGCAUGCCGACUGGUUGUGGACACUGGGAUGCAUUAUUUCAACUGGGACAGAGAACAGGCCAUUCAGUAUGUCCUCAACUACACAGCCUUCACCUACGCUACAGCUGCGACUGAGAUUGACCGCUACAUCACCUGGCCAGGGCAGGCCCUCACCUACAAGAUAGGCGAACUGAAGAUCCUGGAGCUGAGGAAACGGGCAGAGCAAAGACUUGGGAAUCAGUUUAACGUCCGGGAUUUUCACGCUGUAAUUCUUGAGAACGGGAGGAUGCCUCUGAAUGUCUUGGAGGAAAUUGUCGACGAUUGGCUGGAGAACUACGUUCCCAUGACAACGGAAACACCCACUGUCUGCAGUAGUGCUGAGUCGAAUGGGAGAGUGCUGUCUCUGGUUCUUGCGGCACUGUUCUUGCCAGUCAUACUCCGCAGUAACUUCUGAAUGUAUCAGAAGUAAACUAAUCAGAUAAUCGUUUUUUCUGUACAUAAUUUACAUAGCUGCAACUUCAAAUACAUACCACACCAACUGCUUCACAUUUCCUGAAUCACUGGCUUGUGUCCAUUUGCAAUGUUAAUUUCAAACGUUGAUACGAUUUGAGCAUUAUUUUUAUGAGGAUUAAACAACAUUAACGUUUCUGGUUUUACCAGUCUCUAACCUCGAAACAUUAUUUCAUGAACUCUUUAAUUGACUCUUCAAUUUACUUGUAUUAGGUCAAAUGUCUCAAAUAUGUUGGCGAUUUCCGCUUUCUAUAUAUAUAUUGCUGUAUAAGAUAACCCUCAUUUAAUCGUGCCGUGUAUUCAUAUUUUGACGAAAAUAUUCUCUUUUAUUUACAAAGUCAAACACUCGCAAUGAAAUACAGAAAGCUAUUAUAAAAUGUAAAUACAAGAGAACAACCAGACUCGAUCAUCCGCCGAAAGAGAUUCUACCUGGCGUAAAGGGCCAAAUAGCUGUGGAAAUUAUGUGAAUGGACCACUGUAAAUCAGUAAAUGUAACUAUCGCUCCUAUCUCCUCCUCUAUUGAAUUGAUACAUCAUUAAGUACUUGUGACGUAUUCAGAAACAUACAGUGUUCUGUAACCAGGGUUUCAGCAGGUGUCAUGCCUAUCCUAAACAUGAUUAGAAAAGGGAAGAUCUGGAUGUUAGUAUAUCAUGACCAAGACGAAUUGAUGCCUAUCGUGGGAUAGGUGUGUAUGGCAAUAUGUUUGCUGGCACGGCAUAUUGGAAUUAUGUGUACAAUUCAGUGUACUGAGCAAGGGGAAGGCAGGGGAAUUCAUCAUCCGUACACUACCUAAUCUGUGCAUGAAAAAUAUAUGGAUGUUUGUUUUGAUUUUAUUUUUAAAAAGGUGGGACUGAUACGGCAAUUCUUAUUGGUAUUUGAUAGGACUUCUUAGACGAAUCACAUAUAACUGAAAAAACUAAUAAUAAUAAAACGCUUGACAGGGAGGCGUGUAUUUUUAAACUUCCUUUAUAUCUAUUUUGAGUAUUUUCAUCCUACAAUAUCUGCAGACAGAUAUUUAUGUUCUAUAUUCUGGUACUACAAUAAAAGUAAA